AUGUCAACCAUCAUCAUCAAAGCCAACCAGCCUGUAAUCAUCCUUCCUAACACCCACUACCUUGUUACCUCAGAGUUCUCCAUCUCUCCCCUCCACGCAAAAGCUCUCUCCAACAUCUACUCCUCCAUCACCACCGACCUCUUUACCCCCCGCGACCCCGAAUGGACAACAAGUCCCCUAUCGCCGUCAAUCUGCGCAGAACGCGGUAAGCGGCACUACCGCUGCACAAACGUCCCACGCUAUCGAAGCUCAAGGGAAGUCAAUAUGGGCGCGCAUUACACCACCGAUCCCAGAGGCCUACUUCCAGGCGAGCGACUGCAGAGCAGUACGCAGGAAGAAAUGUGGAUACACAAAAGUUCCAGUUUAUAUCCUCGGUCUGGUGAUUUGUUACUCGAAGGUAGAACUAAACACGCCAGAGCCGCUUCACCCUCCUUCUCCUCACGAUCCGUCCAAAAGGAACCGAUCCUAAAAGGCGGUCUCGUACAAGAGAUUAGCCUGAUCUUCUACGAUACCAAAGUGAUGAAAGAUGACUUCCCAGCGCCUUUUUGCGACCUACCGGAUCACAGGUUUGUGCAGUGGGUUGUGAGGAAUAUGGAGUUGUUGGGUGUGGGGGCUUGGGAGGCGGAGUGUGAGGCGAUGGAUGUAUUGUGGAGGACCCAGGAGAAGAGGACAAAGAAGAUGCUCAGGAAGGAAAUGGAGAAGAAAAAGAAUGUAGAGAACGAUACUGUAGAAGAAGAUGGGCAGAGGGCUAGUGUCAUAGAGAAUGAGUACAAGGACACACAUGAGAUUGUGGAGAUGAGGUUGAGGUUGAAUGCGAUUCAGAUGAGGAGAAUAGAGAAGCGAAAGAGGAAGAUGAAUGUGUUUUGGGUGUGGAGAAGCGUAAAGAAAUACUAUGAGGAAGUAAGGUCAGUGGAGGAACUCAAUCUGCAUACCACGGAAUGUCGUGUCAAGAGAUGGCAUCUGGCGCGGAUCAAGAGGUGCUUUCGUCGGAAGUAA